AUGGGUGAUGGUGAAGGUACUUCUGUUACCCUUAUUAGCAAGUUGGACAUAGGGAACCCUCUUUAUUUGCAUCCUAGUGACUCAAGUGCUUUGACAAUAGUUAGUAUAAAACUUAAGGGCACUGAGAAUUACUCUGUUUGGUCUAGUGCAAUGAAGCUUGCACUAGAAGCUAAAUAUAAGUUUGGUUUUAUAAAUGGAAAAUGUGAAAAACCUAAUGAUGAUGAUGUCUUAGCUGCCCAAUGGGAUAGAUGCAACUCUGUGGUUUUAACCUGGUUAUUGAAUUCUGUGUUUGAAGAAUUAUUUUUAGGGCAGGUCUUUUCCAAACUUGCUUCUGAAGUUUGGACAGACCUGAAAGAGACUUAUGAUAUGGUCGAUGGUUCUGUUGUCUAUGAUUUAUAUAAAAGAAUCAAUUGUAUUUCUCAAAGUGGUAGUUCUGUGGCUGAGUAUUAUAAUAAGUUGACAACUAUGUGGAAGCAGUUUGAUGCAAUGGUGCAUCUGCCUUCAUGUUCUUGUCAAGCAGCCAAAGACUACAAUGAUUUUUCCACUUUAAUCAAAUUAAUGCAAUUCCUCAUGGGUCUUGAUGAUGUAUAUCAACAUGUGAGGACAAAUUUGUUGACAAGAGAACCAUUUCCUUCUGUCAAGGCUGCUUAUGCCUUAAUUUCUAAAGAACAGUCACAUAGACUCUCAAGUAGUGGGUCAAAGAGUCAAUCUGUUUCAUAUGUGGCUAAGUCUAACCAAUCUAAUCAAAACACAUCUAGGAGAAACUUUAGGGGACCUAACUCAAACUUAAAAUGCACUCAUUGUAAUAUGUUAGGUCAUACAGUUGAUAGAUGUUUUGAGAUAAUUGGUUAUCCUCCUGGUAUGAAAAAGAGAACUAGUGGGUCUUUUGUAAGAAACAAUACUGGUAAUAAUACUAAUAGAUCUAAUGUGUCAUCUGGUCCUUCUAGUUCUGCUAUGUCUGCUUUACCUUUUACUCCUAAGCAGAUUGCAAAGUUAAUGAGUUUAGUUGGUGAUAAGUUUGAGGGAGAUCAGGAGAAGUCCAAUAUGGGACGUAUGUCUGCUUGUGUGUCUGAAUUUGUUAGCUGUUCUAGCAGUGUGAGUUUUAAUCAUGAUUAUAAUUGGGUGGUUGAUUCUGGUGCUAAUCAACACAUGAUUAAAAGUGAUAAAGAUAUGUUUAAUUGUAUUGAUGUUUCUGAGUGUGGGUUAAAGGUUGGUCAUCCUAAUGGGACAAGUGUUAGUGUGUUAAAAAUUGGAGAACUUAGACUAAUUAACAAUGUUGUUAUUAAAGAUGUGUUUUAUGUUCCUGGGUACAGUGUUAAUCUUUUAUCUGUGCAUAAGUUAGCCAAAGACAAUAAAAUAGCAGUCUUGUUUAAUGAAAAUAAUUGUAAAGAUGGUAAUUCUGUGAAUUUGUGUUUUAAUAGUGUUAUUAGAUCAAAUUUGUGGCACAUUAGGCUGUCGUCAUCUGUGUUAAAUGGGAAAAGUCCUUAUGAGCUUGUGUUUAACUUUAAACCCUCAUUGUCUCAUCUUAGAAAUUUUGGGUGUCUUUGUUUUAGUACCAUAUUAAAUGAACCUGAUAAAUUUGCUUAUCAUGCUGAUAAGUGUAUUUUGAUAGGUUACUCAAAUGUAAAAAAAGGGUAUAAACUUUGGAGUUUGGAUGAAAGAAAGGUUUUCUAUUCAAGGGAUGUUAAAUUUUAUGAACAUGUAUACCCUUUUAAAUCAAAACAAAUUAAUGAUAAUGUUGUGCAUGAUAAGAGUUUAAAUCUGUUAAACUUUUUUGAUAUAUAUGAGACAAAUACACCUGAAGUUUCUUCUAUUCCCGAUGAUGAAGAGGGUGCUACUGAAUCUCAUGACACGGUCAGUGAUGAUCAGCAGCCAGCUCCCUCUGCAUCUGCCACUCCUGGACAAACUGACUUAGGUCAUAGUUUAGAAUCUAGUGUAGAAAGUAGUGAUAGAGAGGAGUCUGGUGAGGCAGAGGACACUGCUGUGUUAGAAGAUGAGAUUAACCCAUCUGAGGGGACCCUAGUAGGUCUUAGAAGAUCUUCUAGGAAUGUUUCUAUUCCUAAAAAAAUUCAGGAUUAUGUGUUUAAUUGUAGUGUGAAGUACGAUAUUAAUAAAGAGGUGAGUUAUGCUUGUUUGUCUGCUGAUAAUGUUAGUUUCAUUAGUUAUUUAAGUAAAUCAACAGAACCUAGUAGUUAUAGUGAAGCUUCGAGAGAUCCUAAGUGGGUCGAAGCAAUGAACCUAGAAAUGGAAGCUUUGUUGCGAAACCAAACGUGGGAACUUGUUGAUUUGCCUAAUGAUAGAAAACCUAUAGGCAGUAAAUGGAUCUAUAAAAUCAAGUAUAAGGCCAAUGGGGAAAUUGAGCGUUAUAAAGCUAGGUCGGUUGCAAAGGGGUACAACCAACAGGAAGGGUUAGAUUUUGGUGAAACCUUUUCACCAGUCGUGAAAAUGGUCACUGUUAGGUGUGUUCUAAGUUUAGCUGUUCAAAACAAUUGGACCUUAUAUCAAUUGGAUGUUAAUAAUGCUUUUUUGUAUGGCUCAAUCUCUGAAGAUGUUUAUAUGUCCCUUCCAGAAGGUUAUUAUGCUAAAAAUGAGUCUGAAGUUUGCAAACUGGUAAAGUCUUUGUAUGGGCUUAAACAGGCUCCUAGAAAGUGGAAUGAAAAACUGACUGAUGUGUUAGUUAAUGUAGGUUUUGUUCAAAGUUCAUGUGAUCAUUCGUUGUAUGUUUUGUCUAAAUCUUCAGUGUUCAUUGUGUUGCUUGUGUAUGUAGAUGACAUUGUAAUAACUGGUAACAAUGAUUCUGAAAUUACUAAAACUAAAAAUUUACAUAGUAACAGUUUUAAAAUUAAAGACCUAGGGGUUUGA